GAGCAUGCGCAUUAUCGACCUCAAGUAUGGCGGUGGAGGUGCAUGGCGUGAGCGACUUGCAGGCGGAAUUGGAAAGAGAGAGGGAAAAACUGAAAAAUGUGGAUGAAAAGAUCAAGAAAGAAACUGGAAGAGAACCAGGACCAGGCAGAACUGGACCAACAAGAAGGGUUUCAGCAAGUGCAGGAACGGUUCCUGGAAGGGGUGGUGCCCGUAUUUUUGCAGGAGCAAGGCGUGGUCUUAGUGACGGUGAUAUGCCCCCAGCAAAGCGAAGGCCUGUAGGUGGAGCAUUUAGCAGGCUGGGUCCAAGGGUAGGAGAAAGAAGACCACCUAGGCCGGAUAGUGGGGACGAGGAGGAGCUGCCAAACAAGCCCACUAUCCAGUCAUCAGUCGUUGCCACCCCAAAGGAAUCCCGCACCAGGGAAGACAGUCUAAAGGAACAAAAAAGUGACAAAAAAGGACUGCAGAGGAACCGACGCAUGUUUGGUCUGCUACUGGGAACCCUUCAGAGAUUUAAAGAAGAUUCCAAAGAAAAGACAGACAAGGAACAACACAGACAGGAAAUACUUCAAAAAUUGGAAGACAGAGAAAAACAAGAGAAAGAUGACAUAAGAAAAGAGCGACAGUCUUUGUUCAAAGAGCGCCGUGCACAACAAGCCAGAAUUCAGAGAUUAGAACAGAAAAUGGAGAUGGUACAAAUGCAUGAGGAAUGGGUAAAGCAGACAGAGUACUAUAAGCACUUCAUACGAACUAAAGCCAAACCCCACCUGUUCUACAUGCCAAAAGUGUCUACCUCCACUACCAGCAAGCAAAUCAAGGAGACAGCCAAGGUCAUUGAAGACCUGAUAAAGGAAAAGAAAAAGAAACUUGAUGAGGAAUUGGAGGCCCUGACAGCCAAAGAUGAAAAUCAAGAGAACGAAGAGGAGAUGGAGGUUGAAGGAGAGAUAGAGAAGGGAGAAACAAAUGAAGGGGAUGACACAAAGGUCAAGAGGUCACACAGGAGGGGCAGCAGAAGGUCAAGGGAUCAGGAUGAGGAUGAUGUAGAAAUGGCAGAGGAUAAUAACAGGGAGGGGGGUGAAGUUAAUGAGACAAGGGAGGGUAGGGAAGAGAGGGAGGAUGAGGGCCCAGUGAAAAGAGAGCAGACUGAGGAUAGGGAGGGGGAGGUUGUUAAACAAGAAACAUGGGAAUCUGAGAGGGAAGAGGGUCAGGUUGAUGAUGAUGUCAAAGAGGAAAGGCAAGUAGAAAUAAACGUGGAAGAUUUUAAGUCUGGAGAUAGGCGAGUGGUGAUGGAUGACAUUAAGUCAGAUAUAAAGAAUGAUGAAGAGGAAGAGGAAAGGCAAAUAAAGAGUGAUGUGGAAGAAAAAUCUAUGCAGGAAUAGUGUAGCUUGAUAUUUUUGGGAGGGGGCAUCUUAAUAUCUUUUCAUAAUGAUUAGGAGGGGGGACACCUCUUUUUUUGGGACUCAUUCAAAUCAAAAUGUACAUAUAUGGAUUGUAUUUUGCCGGGUUUUAAUCAUUGAAUUUGGGGGUAACUAGUCCUAAGAUCUUUUUUGGUGAGAGUUCAUUCAAGAAGGACGUUGUGUAAUUUGGAAAUAAUUGAUUUAAAAAAAUUGCCCAUUUAAAAAUAUUCCUGGUGUUCCUCAAAAAUAAAAUGCUGAAGUGAAAUUUACUAUAAUGACCUUUUGGUUACAAAAUUGGUGCAGAAGUUGAACCCUAUAAAGUUUGGAAAGGGGGGUGGGGAUUCCAAAAUUUAAAGUUUAUGCAUGUUGUGACUGGAUAUUCACUUUCAGGUUCUGGUAAUGGUGUUAGCAGUUAUUCCAUGUAUUCAUAUAUGUGAUAUCAUGAAAACUUUGUGUAUGUCUGUUCCUUUCUUUUUAUUAUUAUUUUUUUAAUUCUUGUUUUAUUGAUUUUUUUACAGCAGUAAUUUUAUUU